GUCCCAUUUGGCGUCAGCGGGGCCGUGAGGUGCCACCACAGCAGAGGACUCUACGAAGCUCGCUUUCAAACACUACAGGCUAUGGCUUUGUGCGGCCAGCAGCCAUCUCAACCUUAGCCUGGCUACGUCGGGGCCGGCGCCGCCAGCCUCUACGACGGGCACAGCGGGCGACACCGGUUUUUGCGCCACUGCGUGGAACUGUUGCUGCAGAUGGUGAGGAUCCGGAUGUCGUUGCGGAGCAGAUCAGAGGGAGUCCUGACAUAGCCUGCCCUUUGUCACGCAGGCUGAAGGACGUGGUUUUUGUGAAAGAGAUGAGAGAUGCCAUGGCUUCAGGGGAAUUUGCCGUCAGCCUUUCGGGGGCCCAACAGUUGGCCCUCAUCGAUUAUCAGAAUCUGUGCAACAAGUUGCACAAUUUCGCCUGCAAGCUUGAGCAGGACGAGAUUGAAACCGACGUGCUGAGCCCGUUGGAGCGGGCGAAAAACUUAGCGCAGCUGUCUAAGAUUUGUGAUCAGCUUGAGGAGUACAUCCUGAAGAUGGCAAAAACGGAUUGGCAGUCCAAGGGCGCCAGCUCCAGUGGCGAUGCCAAGUCAGGCCGGCUACAGGAUCCCAGGCGGCUCUCCUGGUACGUCCGGGACGAUCAGACCGUCGACUUAGAUGGAGCAUUUAGCGACCCCGGAAAAGCAGCGCGCUUUUCUCGAGAUUUGUGGGAGCGCUUGAAUGGGCAGAGUCACGGGGGUGAACCGAAGACUCCACCAAGCGACUCGCCGCUUGCAGCCGCGAGAGCAGUGGAGCUGAAGGCGGCGAAGGAUGCAGCCGCGAAUGCGGAGGAGGUGCGACAGCGAUUCCUGGCCAAGGCUGCGGACCAGUUGGGGCCGAAGCGUUCAAGCCCGGAGGCGCCGCCUGCGGGUGCCGACGAGCUCCGAGAGCUCAGGUCCGAACUUCGAGGCUACGAGGAGGAUGUCCGGAAAAGGCGGAGCCUGGUGUCCUUGCGAAACAUCGAGUGGCUGCUCCAGCGAAGUGCGGAUGAGCUGGAAAGAGAUCUUCUCGGGACAAACAUGUCGGAGUGGGCCGUAGCUGGACCCCAGCUGAAGCUUCUGGUCGCCGAGUUCUCCCUCAUGGAGAAGCAGGCAUCCUCUCCUAGUCUUCCCAGCGUAUGGCAUCUGGUACAGACCUGA